UACACUUGAAGGAUAGAUACACAGUUAGACACUAUAAAACAUCAGAGCAAUCUUCUGCAGCUCUUGCAGUGUUAAACCACCCCCUAAUCUUCUUAGCUUUAGCUUGUUUGAGUACCAUUCCCUGCACUUUUCUAUGGAGAACAACAACAGUUCAGGUUCUUCUGUGUGCACCAAAAUCCGUCAAACACUUGGAAGCAAAACCAAACCUCUUACUCCUCCACGUCAUAAGCAUCAUAAAGAAGCAUCAGGAGCAAUCCCCAUCAAGUUUGAUUCCUCACCCCCUAAUGGAAACAAAGCAGUUUCAACUAUACCCAAAGGUGCUUCAGCUCAUGUUGGAAACUCAGAAAGAGCAACAAAAGUAGCUGCCAAGGUAGAACAUGAACCUCAACCACAGUAUGUUCCCAUUCAAGGGAAACACCCCAAAAAAGAAGGGGUUCAAGGCCAUUUGGGGGCACAACAUGUUCAUGUGGUGCAUGAGCAUCAUGUGGUGAACUUUGAGCAUCAAGGUAAGAAACCGGAGGAUAUUAAUGACACAUUCAGUGAUUUCAUCAAACGUGCUAAGGGCAAGAUCAGCAGAACCGUGACAAACAUUGGUUGGAGACAGAGCAAUUACCCUGCAGCUGAACCAGAUCAUGAAGGUCAUGUUACCAACAAAAAUGAAAGCCAUAAUAAAGACCAUUUUUCUGAGUUUAUUCAUCGUGCUAAGAAGAAGAUCAGAACUACAACAAUGGUUAGAAAGACCGGUUCCAUGAGAAGAGAUUAAGAAGUAAUCUGAAAUUGGAAGGGGAACCAGUGUGUAUCUAAUCUAGAUUAUGCUUCUUUUCUCUACUUUCCACUCCACUCUUUCCUUCUUUUAAACCAUAUAUCAUGAAUCACAUCUCUCAUAAUUAUCCAACCUAGUAGCUAAGUGGAGGUGAAAAUUGAGCACUCACAAAAUAACACCCACCUGUUUUCACCUCAUGAAUUUAUGAAAAAACAUUUCAUUUCCUUGUUCUAGUAAUGAAUGACCUUGCAUAACGUGUAAAGAAACAAGACCUUAGCGAACCAGGGUAGUAUUUCUUUUCAAUCUGUGAUAUGUUAUGUUUGUACUGAACUGUUGUUGUCUUAAUGUUAUCUAUAUUUGGAUUAUGUUCUCUUGUUUCUUCUUCAA